GUUCGCUUCGGAGCCGCUUCAAGUUCUAGUUCUACUCCCACCAGCCCGCUAGCAGGGGCUCAACUCCAAAUCUCCAACAUCUCGUCUCCUCCACGUACACGAAGACUCCAUCUUCCACCGUCUUCUAUCGCCCGGCCGUCAGGUCACGACAUCGCAACCCCGAGUCUCCGCCAAAGUGCGCUUUCGAGAAAAGCAGAGCCCCGUGCCGCCGGCGCAUUCUCCUUCCCCGACGCUCGUUACCCUGUGAGCCGCUUCUUUGACGCAGCAGCGACGACAACCAGCGUCUUUCGGCCCUGCACGCACAUCCCGGCAGAAUUCCCUCACAACAUCGACUCGCGCCGCGAUUGAGCACGCACCCAGCACUGCCCCUCGAGGGCUUUACUUCCCAUCAUGGACAUAGUCAAGGGCCUCCAGAAGCGCAUACCUACAGCGGAGAAUCUGCCGACACUGAAGACGCUGCAGAACACGUCGCUCAAGGAUGUCACUGAGAAAAUAUCGCCACGCGUAUCCUUCCUGAAGAGGCGAGUGCGGAUACGUGGCAACAGCAAGAUCAGCGUGCCCUUAUACAUCGUGCUGCUGUUUCCAGCCAUCGUCGUGAUAGCGAUAUUGACGCUAUUCGUGCGCCAUCCAGACUCGCCUGGCGCGCGACUUAUACCCUCUGGCUCGCCGCCGAGCAUCAGAAAGAUCAGUGAGAAGUACGAUAAGGUCUUCGUGACGGGAUGUCUGGAUCCAAAGAUCACGGCCAAGGAGACACCGCGCGCGAAUGCUGCAUUUGUGGUCCUCGCACGGAACAAGGAGCUGGAUGGUGUCGUUGAGAGUUUGAAGAGCGUGGAGAGGCAUUUCAAUAGAUGGUUCCACUACCCAUAUGUCUUCUUGAACGACGGAGAGUUUAACAGCACAUUCAAAGAGACCGUCACCAACUACACCUCAUCACCUGUGGAGUUCGGUCAGAUUGGCCCUGAGCACUGGGGCUUUCCCAACUGGACCGAUGCCAAUGUGGCAAAGGAGGGCAUUAGAAAGCAAGGCGACCAGGCCAUCAUGUACGGAGGCAUGGAGUCUUACCACCACAUGUGUCGCUUCUACUCUGGCUUCUUCUACAAACACGAGCUACUGCAGAAGUACGAUUGGUACUGGAGAGUAGAGCCGGAGAUCAAAUACUUCUGCGACAUGACAUACGACCCGUUCGUACACAUGGAGCGAAACAAUAAGACGUACGGCUUCACGAUUGCCGUCAAGGAGCUGAAGGAGACUGUGCCGAACAUCUUCAGGUAUGCUUCGGCAUACAAGCGUAAGCACGGAUUGAAGAGCAAAGGCUUGUGGGAGAUGUUCCUCGAACCCAAGGAAGGCUACAACCAAGACGGCACGCCCAAGCCUGGCACCAUACCACCUGACGAGUUGCCGAAAGAAGAUCCUACUUACGCAGAUGGCAAGACGAAACCACUGCCAGAGGACAUCCUGCGAACAGAACCGGGACAAGGAACACUACCCGAGAUCGAUCCCGAAGCAAUGGAAGGCGAGAUAUACAACAUGUGCCAUUUCUGGUCAAAUUUUGAGAUUGCGAGACUGGACUGGUUCCGGAGCAAGGAAUAUGAAGAGUUCUUCCAGAUGAUGGACAAGUCGGGCGGCUUCUGGAUGGAACGGUGGGGCGAUGCGCCAAUUCAUUCGCUUGCAGCAGGUGCACUUCUCUCGCCGAGCGAUAUUCACUACUUCCGUGACUACGGCUACAGACAUACUACAAUUCAGCACUGCCCGGCAAACGCGCCGGCGCGGCAAAUGCCACGAGAACCUUAUCUUGAAUCGACGACAUUGGACGAAAAGGAACGAAAGGAAGAAGACGAAUACUGGGAGAAAUGGGACCCCGAGAAAGAGAAUGGCGUUGGCUGCAGAUGCCGCUGCGACACUGAUGUUGUGGACGUGGAAGGCAAGGAAGGAUCCUGCAUUCCGCAAUGGGUAGACAUCGCAGGAGGUUUCAUUACACCGAGCGGACCAGGCUAGAAGCCCUAACAGAAGCAUCGAGGUAAUGGCAGGAGAAUGAGAGCGACGCUGCAAAAAUAAAACACACUAGACAAGCGACAGGCUCGGAGUUUUGGUGCGUGUGUGCUUCGCGUGCAAGCGGCUAUCAUAUAUGCAUUGGAUCGGUGCGAUGAAGGUUGUGUGUGGCCUUCUUCCCAACAGUCGACUUUGGGUUUGGGAACACUGUACAAGUCACUCUGGAGACCCUUUUUCAACCUUUCAACGAACUAGCUUCAUUGCUCUAAUAUGUGU